AUGCCGGAGCGGGGCGGCGCAGCGGGCGGCGGCGGCCCCCGGGUGGUGCUGGUCACCGACCUGGACGACGGCAGCGACUCCUCCUCCACGGAGUCCUCCUCCUCCUCGGAGGACGAGUCGCGCUUCCAGGAGUCCGCCCGCAGCUCGGACCUCUCUUCCGAGUUCUGGCAGAUCCAGAAGCUCGUCAAGUACAUGAAGGCCAGAAACCAGACAGCGACGGUUAUCGCACUCUGCUGCCUCAAGGACCACGACCUCACCACCGACGCCAACCAGACGGCUAUAAGGGAUACUGGAGGACUGGAAGUUCUCGUUAACCUCAUUGAAACUGACGACUUCAAGUGCAAGCUUGGCUCCCUUUCCGUCCUGAGCAAAAUCUCCACAAACACAGACGUGAGGCGGUGCGUCACCGACCUAGGAGCCGUACCUCUGCUCGUGAACAUCCUUUCUGAUCAGGCCAAGCACCUGCAGAUCCUGGCCGCGGAGACGAUUUCGAAUGUCGCUAAGGUUAGAAAGGCCAGGAGGAGCGUCCGGCGGUGUGGCGGCAUCCCCAAGCUGGUGGACCUGCUGGACGUGAGCCCGGCGGCGCUGUGCUCGCCGCUGGAGUCGUUGUCGGCCGACGACCAGCAGCAGGUGGACGUGGCGCGCGCCGGAGCGAAGGCGCUGUGGUCGCUGUCGCAGUCCGUCAAGAACAAGGAGGCCAUGCGCAGGACGGGCUGCGUGCGUCUGCUCGCCAAGCUGCUCAAGUCCUGCCACCAGGACGUCGUCGUGCCCAUCAUGGGCACCAUCCAGCAGUGCGCCUCGGAGAAAAACUAUCAACUAGCAAUCCAAACAGAAGGUAUGAUAAUCGACUUAGUACGACACCUCUCUGAUGAAAGUAUGGAACUGAAGAAACACUGUGCUUCAGCUAUAUUCAAGUGUGCAGAAGAUGAGAUUACAAGGGACCUAGUACGCCAGAACGGUGGUUUGGACCCAUUGGUGAAACUUGCUCGGGACAGCAAUGUCCACCAAGAUAAACCACUGCUGGCUGCUGUGACUGGGGCCAUCUGGAAGUGUUCCAUGAGCCCUGACAACGUACGCCGGUUUGAUGAACUGAGAACUGUAGAGGUCCUGGUUAGUCUACUACAGGAUGAAAGUGAGGAGGUGCUAACAAAUGUUGUCGGAGGGCUUGCCCAGUGUGCAAAAUUUCCUCAUAAUCGAGAAGUUCUGAGAAAUGCCAAAGGUAUUCCUCUGCUAGUGCAGUUACUGAACAGUACUAACCAGUCACUACUGGAGAACGUUGCCCUUGUGCUUGGUGAGUGUGCUAAUGAGAAGGAAUCAAUGGCAAUCAUUGAAGAACUUGAUGGCGUGAGGCUCAUUUGGUCUUUGCUGAAGAAUCCAUCACCUCGGGUGCAAGCAAAUGCUGCUUGGGCAUUAUGUCCAUGCAUCCAUAAUGCUAAGAAUUCUGGAGAAAUGGUGAGAAGUUUUGUUGGUGGUCUGGAGUUGAUUGUGAGCCUACUUCGUUCAAGCGAUAUUAAUGUCCUCGCCUGUGUGUGUGCUGCUCUUUCCAAAAUAGCACUGGAUAAGGAGAAUCUGGCUAUUAUUACAGAUCACGGUGUGGUGCCAAUGUUAGCACAACUGGUUCUAACAAUAGCCAGCAGGAAGGACAGUAUUGGAAGUGUAUCCUCUAAGAAGAAAGGCAGAAAGAGUGAGCAGUGUGAUGAUACCGAAGAUGAUAGAGAGCAAGAGAACCGUCUUCAAGAACAUCUGGCAGAGGCCAUUGCUAACUGCUGCAGAUGGGGCAACAACUGCCAUGAAUUUGGUCGUCUAGGAUCUAUUACACCACUUGUUGGUUACAUGGCCUCAAAGGAUAAGGCUGUUCAUCGGACCACAGCUUAUGCCCUUCACCAGCUCUCAACUGAUCCUUUUAACUGCAUCACUAUGCACCAAAGUGGAGUUGUGCCGUAUCUCUUGGAGACCAUAGGAUCAAGUGAUGAAAAACUACAGGAAGCUUCUGCUGGAUGCCUAAGCAACAUUAGAAAACUAGCGCUUUCUGCAGAAAAGUUUAAGAACAAUGAAGUUCCAUUUUGAAUCAAUUAGAGACAAUAAAAUCU